GAGGGAGUGAGUGAUAACUGAAAACUAGAAUCUCUUCAGUGCAGCAGGCAAGAAUCAGGCUGCUUUCAUCGGUCGAAGAAGAACGCCAGAAUCCGCGAGACCUCCAUAGAGCCCGAGGGAAGAACACCGCCAUUAACGACCUUUCUCCUUGUGGAUCAGUUAGGAAUGAACCUUGAGCUGGAGACUGGAAUCUGAUAGGGUAAAGCUGAAGAAGUGCUUCGGGCUGUUGUGGUAAUAUCCCAGAAUUUAUGGGGUUAAAGUAUGGCCAGCUAGAGGAUCGAAAUGUCUUCUUGGACUUCAUUGAAAGAAAGAAAAUCUUUUGAGGGCAAGAAUUAAAGGGUUUCGUUUCUCCGAUAAAGUUUUCACACACAGAGAGGGAAGGAGAGAGAGAGGACGGAGAGAGACCCGUUCGGGAGCUUGGGGUUGAGGUUCAGGCUGACUGAACUUGUGAGUUACAACUCAAUGGACGUUAUCUCUGCAUUGUGUUUCCCAGUUAAAAGAAAAGUUUAGAGACUAGACUGCAAUGGAUGGAAGGACUUGAAGUGCUGGAAAUCUAUGGAGAUUGUUUGGGGAACGGACUGGGCCUUUCAUGGCAUAGGAAUAUAAAGAACAGCCAUUUUCGAUAUUCCGAGCUCGAAGUUAUUUGUUGUAGUAUUUACAUACUUUCUGCUUCCAAUGAUUUUUCGGAGGCUUUGCUCUUCUCUCACCCGGUCCAACCUCCAUUACCCAUCCUUCAGCAAAAAACCCACUAGCCAAGUACCUUUAUUCACCUUGGGUCCAAUUCUCCAUAUUCAGAAUUGUCACAAUCCCUGUAAGUCUCAGAAGCUCUGUGUGGCUCCACGGUUCCUUUCGUCGAGUGUCCAAAUGGAAGACGCUCGUAGGCCGCUUGCUGUCCCAAUACCAGCCCUUGAGAAGGCCGAUAAGAGUGAGCUUCUGAGAGCCCUUGAGACGUCUUUGGGCUCUCCGUUCAGCGUGGAUCCAAUACACCCCAACCCGAGCCCUAUGAUCAUUGUUAUUAGUGGGCCCAGCGGGGUUGGCAAAGAUGCAGUGAUAAAAAGAUUAAGGGAAAUAAGAGCAGGCCUCCACUUUGUUGUGACCGCAACUAGUCGGUCCAUGAGACCUGGUGAAGUUAACGGAAGAGAUUAUUUCUUUGUCUCAAAGGAGGAGUUCCUCUCGAUGAUUGAGAAAGAUGAGUUGUUAGAGUAUGCUUUAGUGUACGGAGACUAUAAGGGAAUCCCGAAGCAGCAGAUUCGUGAGUUUAUGGCGAAGGGAAAUGAUAUUGUAUUGAGGGUAGACAUACAAGGGGCCAAAACGUUGAGGAGGAUUCUUGGGAACUCCGCAGUUUUUAUAUUUCUGGUUGCAGAGAAUGAGCUGGCGCUUGUUCAGAGGCUGAUUGAUAGGAAGACGGAAACUAAGGAGGCACUCCUUGUGAGAAUAGCCACAGCCAGAGAGGAGGUGAAGCAUGUGAAGAGCUUCGACUACGUCGUAGUGAACGAAGAGGGGAAGCUUGAGAAUGCUGUGAAGAUGGUAGAGUCGAUUAUAGAUGCUGAGAAGGCUAAGGUCCAGCAGAGGAGGGCUGUGAUCUAAUAUCUGGGAUCAGGAGGACAUGAUUCGUUUUUCAGGUGUUGUCCUGUUCGUGUAAUGGGUAUACUUCAUAGAUGUGGAUGCUUUUGCUCAAACAUGGAUGUGGAUGCUGACUACAGGGAAAAUAAAAAACAACGAUGAAGAGGAAGUUCUCGAAGUGGGCUGUGUAGGAAUGGUGUUGAUGGAUCAAGGGCAGCAAAUUGUUUCAGAGACAUCCAUCUUGUCCUUAGCAGUGAAUGCUUCCUUUUGCCUAUAUUUCUCCUCUUAUGCACAUCUGUAUAAGUUGAGGAAAAACAGAACCUCGGAAUCAAACAGUUUCAUAGGCCCCGUUUGAUUUGUAAGUUUGAUUUUAGAAUCAUGAUUUUGAUUUUAACUCAA